AUGCAAACAAAAAUAGAGCCAAACAGAUCGAAAAGUCAUCCCCGAUACCAGACAUCCCCAAAGUCCUUACGCUCCAAAACCAAACAGAAUCCCAAUCCAAUCACUCGCGCACUGAAAAACCCCUAUCGCCCAUCUCUCUCUCUCUCUCUCUGUUCUCCGCCGAAGUCGAAGAACCCAAGGCAAACCAAGAAUGUGGAAAAAUCUGCUUCUCCGCCGAAAUCGAAGAAUCCGAGGCAAACCAAUGAGGCGAGAGUUGAAGAGGAGGUAGCAACGAGUGUAGAAAAAGCUGCUUCUCUGCCGAGGAAGCCAGUGACUCAGGAGGUAGCUGCGGCUGAUGAAGACGGAGAGGAAUCGAGGUUUAGUGGCAAACCGAUGGAAGAUGAGGAGACUCGUAAGCAAUAUCCCAAGAGAUAUGUGGGAGAGAAUUAUGCAUUGCUAGCAAUCAGUUGUGAGUGUUCUAUGUAUUUCACUGGGUCACGAAAAGAAAGGAAGAAAUGUUAUGAAAGGACAAUUACAAAGAGUAUCGCCCUUUGUUUUGACUUUGAUCCUUGCAUUGGUGCAGAAGGCAAAGAGGAAUGGGCAAAAAAACUCCAACGAGGAGAGACAAAAGAACCCUACAUUUGUAAGAUUGUGGAAAUGUUUGAGGCAAUUGGUGGGCUAUUAUAUUUUACUGCACAAUGGUACUAUAGAUCACAAGACACUGUCAUAAAGCACUGUGCUAGUGUUGCUUGUGGGCAUGUUGAUCAAGAUGUGAAGAGUAAAUCAAUUCCAGUGUGCAAUUACUAUUGCGACACCAAGUAUUUGCUACCGUAUUCUACUUUUGUCAAUCUGCAAACAGGAUAUUGUUCUCUUUCUACUUACUGUCAUGAUGCUGAAAUUAUGCAGUCUGGAAGUGAUGACUCAACUAUCUCUGUUUCGGAUGAUGUUUGUUUGGAUAGUGAGGUUGAUUCAAAGCUGUCAAAUGUGUGUGCCAAAUCACAAGUAAGGCUCCUGGACCUAUAUUCUGGUUGUGGAGUGAUGUCUACUGGCCUGUGCCUUGCUGCCCAUUUGGCCAAUGUCAAUCUUGUAACGUUGAGAGAAACUGUUUCAAUUGAUUGCAAUGCAAUGCUGUUGUAA